GGAGGUUUUGGCAGGCCAGCGCGCGCCUUCGGGGGUCCCGGAAGGGAUCCUUGGCGUUAGGGCUCCUCGGAAUGCGAUGCGGGCCAGAGUCAGAUCCGCGCGCCCUUCACACGCGUUUACUUCGCCUCACGGUUUGACUUUAGAAGGUUUUCUCUGGCUGCUGUGUGGAGAAGCAAACUCUGAGAGUACCAGUGAGAAAGCCUGCUGAGCAAUCGAGGCCCAGCUUGACGGUAUCCCGAGCAGGAAUGAUGCUGUUGGGGACCGAGAGGCCCUUAGCUGGCGAAGCUCCCGGAGAUGCUAGCAGCUGCCCUGCUCACUUUGGCACGGGGAGGAGCGAGGGGUCUCCGGACCACGCUUAGCGUCUGUCUCUCGCCUCAUUUCCCACAGUCAAACUUAAGUCCCUCGUACUCUUGUUGUGCUGGUUUAUACUAUUUUAUUAUGCAUUUCGCUGUUUCUCUAGUUUUGAGGGGUUUUUUCCGAUUAAGGGACAGUAUCUUUUGUGUCUUUGGGUGCACUUGCCAUACAGUAAUAGUUCAUUUUUCUUAUGGAUCCUUUUGGAUGUUGCUGAAAUUUCAUCUUGUACUUUGAAAGAGUUACAGAUAAAAUGAAUUUUGCUGGUCAAAUGAUACUUUAUGGAUGAAUUGAUGGCAGGUUUUCCAUGUAACUCAGAAGCCUGUGGGGUUAAGAUACACCAAAGGGAACUGAUACUGUAUUUUUGGUUUGGAAUAGAUAUGAGUGAUUUCAGUGAAGAAUUGACAAGGCCUGAGUCAGAGGAUGACCAAGAGGAGGCAUCUACGGUCUCUGGUACAAGAGUGUACUUUCCGUGGCUUCAGAAGCAUCUAGAUACUGUAGCGACUGGAGGGAAAAAGAAGAAAGACUUUGCUCAGACCACAGGUGCCUGUUUAAGUUUCAUCCGGGAGGCCCUGCUGAAGCACCAGUGGCAGCAGGCCGCCGAGUACAUGCACAGCUACCUGCAGAUCCUGGAGGAUUUUGACAGCAACCAGAGGCAAACAGCGCCAGAGGGUCCAACAAACCUGUUAAGGUUGGCCUUGAGCUCACUUUGUCGCCCAGGCUGGCCUCGAACUCACAGUGAUCUCCUGCCUUAGCCUCCCGAGUGCUGGGAUUGCAGGCGUGUGCCAUGACACCUUGCUUUACCUGAUCAUAUGGAAGCUUGGAAGCGAAAUUCUAUUUUAUCACCCCAAAAGCAGCGUGGAGACUUUCAACACCUUUGCAGACCAGAUGAAGAACAUUGGCGUCUUGAACUAUUUGAAGAUCUCCUUACAGCACGCGCUGUACCUCAUUCACUGCGGGAAGCUGGAGGAGGCGAGCAGAAAUCUCAGUCAGGCAGAGACGUGGAGAUACGGGGAGAAGUCAUCCUCCCAGGAGAUGCUGAUCAACCUGGCGCAGGCCUAUAAGGGGCUCUUGGAAUAUUUCAGUUGGUCUAAAAAGAAGAUGGAAUUGUCAAAGCUUGAUAAGGAUGAUUAUGCUUAUAGCACAGAAGCCCGAAAUAUAUUCAGCCACAGCUGGAAAACAUCUGUAAAUUUUAGUGCACUGAUUAAAACUCCUGGAGUUUGGGACCCUUUUGUGAAGAGUUACGUAGAGAUGCUGGAAUUCUAUGGUGACCGAGACGGAGCCCGAAAGGUGCUCACCAGCUACGCAUAUGAUGAAAAGUUCCCUUCAAACCCGAAUGCCCACAUCUACUUGUACAACUUUCUAAAGAGAGAGAAGGCACCAAGAGCGAAACUGCUAAGUGUGCUUAAGAUUUUGUAUCAGAUUGUACCAUCUCAUAAACUGAUGUUAGAAUUCCAUAUGCUACUUAGAAAAUCAGAAAAAGAGGAACACCAUAAACUGGGAUUGGAAGUGUUAUUUGGGCUCCUGGAUUUUGCUGGAUGCACUAAGAACAUAACUGCUUGGAAAUAUUUGGCAAGCUAUCUGAGACAGAUUUUAAUGGAGAAUCGUGUUGCAUGGGUCCAGGAAGAGUGGAAGUCCAGGAGGAACUGGUGGCCAGCCUUCCAUUUCAGCUACUUUUGGGCAAAAAGUGAUUGGAAGGAAGAUAAAGAUUUGGCUUAUGAGAAAGCACUGGUAGCUGGAAUGUUAUUAGGAAAAGGUUAUAGGUAUUUUCGAUAUAUUUUAAAACAAGACCAUCAUGACCUAAGGAAGAAAAUUAAGCAGAUGAAGAAAUCAGUGAAGAAAUACAGCAUUGUAAAACCAGCAGUAUGAUAUUAAAUUUCAGUUAUUUUCCACUUGUAGCCACAGAGUGGUAGCUCAGUAGAUAGUUACUGAAUUUAUUUAUUUGAUGUUGUAAAAGAAGGGAGUUUAUAUGACUAUAAACAUUAUUUUUGUACUUUUUAUAUUUAUUUUCUUGUCAGUUAAAGCUCAAAAAUAGCUCAUUUCCCUUGCUCUUUGUAACUAUAGUUUUUCUUUUUUGUAAUGUUAAAUGUACUAUUUUUAAAGAUGAUUCUUCAGAUGAAAAAAAAUUAUUUAAUUGGAAAAUAUAGUUGUACAGCAGUUACUGUUUACAGGUGACUUCCCUCAUGCUCUUGUGUAAUAAAAUAUAGAACGUA